UCAGAGCUACAUUCAGUGCUCGUUCGCCUCCCGAGACAUUUCGGCUGUUGGCAUCAACUAUGGAUAACAUUAAGGAUGGAUGGUUUACUGAAACAUGCACGUUAUGGCCGGGGCAAGCGAUGAGUCUCCAAGUGGAAGAGGUCCUCUACCAUAAAAAAUCUAAAUUUCAAGAUGUUAUGGUUUUUAAAAGUAAAACCUAUGGGAAUGUCCUGGUGCUGGAUGGAGUCAUCCAGUGCACAGAGAGAGACGAGUUUUCCUACCAAGAGAUGAUUGCCAACCUUCCCGUAUGCAGCCACCCCUGCCCAAAGAAGGUGCUGAUUAUCGGGGGAGGAGAUGGCGGUGUGCUGAGGGAAGUGGUGAAGCAUCCACUGGUUGAAUCAGUAGUUCAGUGUGAAAUAGAUGAGGAUGUCAUCAAUGUUUCAAAGAAGUACCUCCCCGGGAUGGCCAAGGGAUUCUUCAGUCCUAAGCUAACUCUCCAUGUUGGAGACGGUUUUGAGUUUAUGAAGCAGAAUCAGGAUGCCUUUGAUGUUAUUAUAACAGAUUCCUCAGAUCCUGUAGGCCCUGCUGAGAGUUUGUUCAAGGAGUCUUACUAUCAACUGAUGAAGACAGCCUUGAGAGAGGGUGGAAUUCUCUGUUGCCAAGGAGAGUGUCAGUGGCUCCAUUUGGAGCUGAUAAAGGAGAUGCGAACCUUCUGCAAGACCCUAUUCCCUGUGGUAGACUAUGCUUACUGCACCAUCCCCACCUAUCCCAGUGGCCAAAUUGGCUUUAUGCUCUGCAGCAAGAAUGCUGAAACAAAUUUCCGGGAACCAGUGAGGGAACUCUCAAAAGAUGAAGUGGAAAGUAUGAACCUGAAAUAUUACAACCCAGAGAUCCACAAAGCAUCAUUCAUCCUCCCUGAGUUUGCAAGAAAGGUACUUAAUGAAGUGUGAGUGCUGACAAGACAACCCUAUGUAUUCUCUUCAACUGGUUCUUGGACAAUGGAAGGACUGCUUCAUACCACCUCCUUAACAAUCAACACUGUCUGGGUCUACUGAAGAUGGGACCUGGUGAUGAUGUGUGUGUACAUGCGUGCAUACAUGUGUGCAUGUGUGAGUGAGUGCGGGUUGGGAGGCCAGGCUCUUCGGAGAAAACACAAAUUCCUUCCAUUACCUCCUUCCUUCAAGUCUUACAUGCUCUUUGUAUGUAUUUAUUUGUUUCAGAACAUAUUUUCUUCUUCCCUCUAUAAUCGUCCCACCUGAGUUACAAAAGAAUUGGUUGGGUUAUUACAUGGACAGGGCAAUAACCAUACCUAACGUUACUCAUAAGUAAUAUUCUUUUCAGUCAGCCAUUAUCAUUACAUCAUAGUACAUGGGGUAAGAGAGUCAAAAAUGCACCGUCAGUGAGGACACCCAACCAGUAUUUUUUUUUAAGGUCAUUAAGGGUGUUAUAAUUAGCUUAACUAUACUUAAAAGGCUAAAUCCACAUUGCAGUUAAUUUAAACUAGGAGAGGAGAUAGGGAUGGCUGGUCCCUAGAGGAGAUGUUUUCCCUUUCCUAUCCUGUAUAUGUGUCAUACUUUUACUUACUUCUGUAAAGUUGUUUUUUUUCUGUCCUUGUUGAUUUUGGCUCACAGGAAAAUUCCCCUGCUUUCCAUCAGUUGCAAUUCUAUUAAUGUGUCCUCAAGAAAAAAAAAAUGAACCCAAUAGUGCCUAAAAUUGAUUGCUUCAUUGUUGAAAAGAGAAUUAGUGCUCUGGGUUUCUGUCAGUGUGCCUACGGACAGAUAUCGUAACAAGAAUGCUCAGGUGUCAAGAAUUGAGAAUAUAGUCCCUUUACAAAUUUUACAAUAUUUGUCAACCAUUGGAGACGGCAUGAAAUUGUUGGAUAUACCACAAUGCUCACCAGUCCAAGAACUGAAGACGUGUUCUUAAUAAUGGCAUUGAUAUUAUUCUUAAUAUUGGUAUUGAAGUUAUUCUACCUGAUACUGACAAGAGGAAAGUGUCAUUGAAGUAUUAUAAUUUGGACAAAAAUGUUUCGGGUAUAUGGAGUUAUUAAAAGUACAGGAUGGUACAGUGAUAAGACUGUACACUGAAUUAAUUUUGUUGAGAGCUUAUUUCUCAUUGAAUAGAAAAUGUUGAAGUCACUGUUGUAAAGUAUGGAAUGAUCCUUAUGGAAUACACACCACUUGUAAAUCCACAAUUGAGUAUGUUGAGAAAUGGAGUCAGAGAAGAGAUCGUGUUUUUAUAAGAAUUAUGACAUGUAAUAAAUAAUUGCUGUAAAAUGUGAGACCUGUUUGCGUUGAUCUUUCAUAUUUGUACUUUGCAUGAGAUUGAAAAUUAAAUGAAAGCUGGAAGGAUCUCUGCACAUAGACCACAGUUAAGUUCUGACAAGUUGUCUUCAAAGCUGCUGUAGUUUAGUGAGUCUGCUAUAUUUGUGUUGUACAGCUGCUCACAUAUGAGUUUUUACAUUGCUAGUAUGGUUCUAAAUGUUGCCCGAAGAUGGACCUGUGAUAGAUGUUUUACUUGGAGUCCUGUAGAUGUGAUGCUUAAUUAAUCAGAGCUCGGGUGAUUGUCUCAUUGAUUGAAACAUCCCGGGGAGGUCAAGAUGUAGGGUCAGCCACAGAGCUGCAUCCUCAUAGAUGGUAGAAAUUAGGUGUCUUGCUCACUGGUACAGUGGUGGCCAAAUGGAGUACAAUUUUUCAGAGCGCCAGGUUGAUGUUUGAAUUGCAUUUAUCCAGUUGAAGGAUGGUUUGGUGGUACCAGGAACACCCCCCAGAAUAAUCUCUUUCGUUGCAAAGCUUUUAGAGGGUGUUGUCCAUUGCUUUCUACUGUAUAUACUUUUUAAUUGUGUGAAUGUAAAGUCCUGUGAGAGUAACUGUGAUUUUAGACCAAACAAAAAAACUUGACUGAUAAAUUUCUAGGUGCUGCUAC